AUGCACGCCAUGACGAUCGUUCCACUUCUCCUUGUGGCCGCGGCUGUAUAUGUGGCAUCCGAUGAUGAAUGCAAGGACACUGCUAAAAGUUGUCGUACUGUCAAGAAGAAUGGUAAAUGUGAAUUGGAAGCAGCGAAACGAGUUUGUAGAUCCACGUGUGGUCAUUGUGACACGCCAGCUCCGGAACCAAAGGCAGAUACCGAAGAUUGCGCCGAUACCUGGGCAGAUUGUGAAAUGGAUUUGUACGUUUGUGGCAGCCAGAAAUCGGCGUUGAGCUCAUGCAAAAAGACCUGCGAAACUUGCGAUUCGAAAUAG